UUUGGUUUGAUGAUGGGGUAAUUAGACCUUUAAUUUCCCCCCUCUUGGAAGGAUGAACUGUUUCGUACUUAAGAUGUAUCAUAUUUGUACAUCUUUUUUCACAUUCGUGCUGGGACUCGUUUUGUCCAGUCACUAUGAUAUAGUUCCCACGGUUGCUCUAGAUACAGCUUCAACAGGAUGUUGCGGAAGUAAAGUCAAAUACAAUUCGAACUUGUAUAGGAAUCCGAGUCACCCUUUUUCAAAAGAGAAGGGGAACGAACCACUGAGGCUUGCGUCAAGCAGCAUAACCAACUUAAGAUCAUGAACCGUAGUUUCCAACGUAACCUCCAGUUUUGGAGUGUAGGAAGAGUGUCUCAAGCUGGAUAAAGCUGCUUGAGCUCUUGCCAAAGGAUCAUGUUCACAACUUAUCAGACAACAUAUUCUGUUCCUGCAACUCAGAAUUGUGUAUCAGCAAGCCGAGGAAUAUUCUAAAGAGACAAGCUUAUAUUGGUUCCAAUAUACUUUAUUGGCGGCAGAAAUCUCAACACUUCUCAAACUUCUGCCAUAAUAAUAUAACUCGAAGUGCUUCCACUUGUGAUUUGAUCGAAAUUCCUAUUAGCCCCUUAAGUACUCGGUCUUCGUAUCACGCCAGGAAGCAGCAGAAGAGAGCAGCAAAUGCAGGAAUUUUGAUUGAUUGAUAGAAACGAGACGAAACGAAACAAUAUGGCGGCACAGCAGCAAGUACAGAAGAACACCCUAUACGUAGGAGGAUUAGCUGAGGAAGCAAACGAAUCAAUACUCCACGCCGCUUUCAUUCCUUUUGGUGACAUUAAAGAUGUCAAAACCCCUUUAGAUCAAGCUAAACAGAAACACCGCUCUUUUGGCUUCGUUACUCUCCUCGAAAGAGAGGUCGCUGUUGCUGCCAUGGGCAAUAUGGACGGCGCUGAGCUCUAUGGUCGUGUCCUCACCGUUAAUUACGCCUUGCCCGAGAAGAUUAAGGGUGGUGAACAGGGUUGGGCUGCCCAACCAAGCAAGUAUUUCUCUUUGAUUCUUUCUUUUUUGUUGGUUUUGAACCCUAAUUCUUGAACUUGAGUUAAAUUAUGGUUUUUAAGAGCAAUUGCCAUGUCCCCCCCCCCCCCCCUAGAGGUUUAGGGUUUAUGGGGCUAUUGGAAAUUUUGUAUUUUUAAGUUGAUGGAAGAGCGAAUACACGUUAGGUUUGUUAACGAAAAGCGACGUUCUUUGUACAUGUGAAGGGAUGCAAGGUGUGGUGAUUUUGAUUGAGUUAGCCUGAAUCUGUUGACAAUGGUGGCUUGGGCUGAUUAUUAAUUCCAGUGUACUUGCAUGUUCUAGGACGUUGCUACAUUAUGUUGGCGCUGGCUUCAGUUUUUAGGCGUUCGAUUUGAGGUAGGAAAGGAAAAACAUUGCAUCAC